GUAGAGAGUGCCAUGCGAUUCAAGCAGUGAGUGCUCUGUUGGUUUAUUUCGAGGAUUUUGCGCAGAAUUAUAACUAAUUAACACAUAAUUAUAGGCCUAUAUGAUAACCGCGGGAAAAAGAACUGCACGUGGUUGUGGAUGUAACUGUUGCACUUUAAGUACAGACAUGAACCACUGAACUGAGACAGACAAAGGACUGCAAUAAGCUCACGUGACGAGCUCUAUUCUCCCACCACCAAAAGAUCUCCAUCAUGACACCCAAAUGGCUGGUGUUAUUUGUCCUUUUUCUCCACUCUGGGACUAACAAUACAUUCCCCAUGGUCCCGACCGAGCUCCCCCCUGAGACAGGCACCUACAGGGUCACAGACACCAGCCUGACUCAUCUCACAGUGCACAGCCGGACGGGAGAGGUCUAUGUGGGAGCGGUGAACCGCAUCUUCAAGCUGUCUGCCAACCUAACAGAGCUGCGUUCACACAUGACUGGCCCCGUGGAUGACAACGCCAAAUGUUACCCCCCUCCCAGCGUCAGAGCCUGUGCACAUAAACUGGAGUCCUCUGACAACGUCAACAAGUUGCUGCUGGUUGAUUACGCUGGCAACCGCCUGGUAGCAUGUGGAAGCAUCUGGCAGGGAGUGUGUCAGUUCCUGCGACUGGAGGACCUCUUCAAGCUGGGAGAGCCCCAUCACCGCAAGGAGCACUACCUCUCUGGGGCCAGGGAGGCUGACGGCAUGGCAGGAGUGGUGGUUGACAGUGCAGAAGGGAAGUGGAAGAAUGAGAAGAAGGGGGGCAGCCGGCUGUUCAUUGGGGCAGCCAUCGAUGGCAAGUCAGAGUAUUUCCCUACCCUGUCCAGCCGUAAACUGGUCACUGAUGAAGAGAGUGUUAACAUGUUCAGUCUGGUCUACCAGGAUGAGUUUGUGUCCUCACAAAUCAAGAUACCCUCCGACACCCUGUCCCUCUACCCGGCGUUUGACAUUUACUACGUGUAUGGAUUCUCCAGCCGUACCUACAUCUAUUUCCUGACAUUGCAGCUUGACACACAGCUCACCCAGAUGGAUGCCACCGGUGAAAAGUUCUUCACCUCCAAGAUAGUGCGGAUGUGUUCCAACGACACUGAGUUCUACUCUUACGUGGAGUUCCCCCUGGGCUGCACCAAGGAAGGGGUGGAGUACCGGCUGGUCCAGUCCGCCUACAAGCAUCGUCCAGGUCGGAUGUUGGCCCAGGCCUUGGGGCUGUCUGAGGACGAGGAUGUGCUGUUUGUGGUGUUCUCCCAGGGCCAGAAGAACCGGGCCAACCCGCCUCGGGAAACAGUCCUGUGUCUCUUUACCCUGCAUCAGAUCAACCUGGCUAUGAGGGAGAGGAUCAAGUCGUGUUACCGUGGGGAGGGCAAGCUGUCCCUGCCCUGGCUGCUCAACAAGGAGCUCCCCUGCAUCAACACGCCGAAGCAGAUUGGUGAUGACUUCUGUGGGCUGGUGUUGAACCAACCUCUUGGGGGUCUGCGGGUGAUAGAAGGGACCCCUCUCUAUGACGACAGCGUGGACGGUAUGGGAGCGGUAACAGCCUACACCUAUGGAGAUCACUCCGUGGUGUUUGUGGGAACCCGAAGUGGACGCCUCAAAAAGAUCCGAGUAGAUGGCAUACCUCCCCCGUCCCAGAGUGCUUUGCUGUAUGAGACUGUUACAGUGGAUGAAGGGAAACCUAUUCUGCGUGACAUGGUCUUCAGCCCUGACUACCAACACAUCUACAUGCUAAGUGACAAACAGGUCAGCCGGUUACCUGUGGAGAGCUGUGGCCAGUACACCACCUGUAAAACCUGUCUGGGCUCUGGAGACCCCCACUGUGGAUGGUGUGUACUUCACAACAAAUGUUCCAGACAGGAGGCCUGUGAUACUAGCUAAUUUCAACACAAGCUAGAUCAUGGACAUUAGUUUAAUAACAACAUAUCUGUGACCUCUAAGUCCACUCAGCUGAGUGUGAGAGUGGUCAACGUGCCCAGCCUGUCAGCCGGGGUGACAUGUGUGUUUGAGGAGCUGACAGAGAGCCCAGGGGAGGUACUGGCCAAGGGGCAGGUCCUCUGUAUGUCCCCCUCCCUCAGAGAUGUCCCCUCCCUCACACAGGGAUACGGGGACAAGAGAGUGCUAAAGCUUUCCCUGAAGUCCAAGGAGACAGGGCACAAAUUCAUCACCACUGACUUCAUCUACUACAACUGCAGCGUGCUCCAGUCGUGCACCUCAUGCGUGAGCAGCCCCUUCCCCUGCAACUGGUGUAAAUACCGCCACAUCUGCACCAACAACCUGGCAGAGUGCUCCUUCCAGGAGGGACGCGUCAGCAGCGUGGAGGGCUGUCCCCAGAUCCUGCCCACCAGUGACAUCCUGGUACCUGCAGGGAUCAUUCGUCCAAUCACGCUGCGAGCCCGGAACCUCCCUCAGCCCCAGUCUGGACAGAAGAACUAUGAGUGUGUGUUUAACAUCCAGGGCAAGAUGCAACGCAUCCCAGCUGUACGCUUCAACAGCUCCUGUAUCCAAUGCCAGAACACCUCAUACUGGUAUGAUGGGGACGAGACGGGAGACCUGCCUGUUGACUUCUCUGUCGUCUGGGAUGGAGACUUCUUCAUCGACAAGCCUCCCACCAUGAAAGCCCUGCUAUAUAAGUGUGAGGCCCAGAGGGACAGCUGUGGCCUGUGUCUGAAGGCCAGCACAGCGUUUGAGUGUGGCUGGUGCCUGGACAACAAGAAGUGUCUCCUGAGGCAGCACUGCCAGACGCCGGAGCAGAACUGGAUGCACCCCGGCAGGCACAACGUCCGCUGCAGCCACCCCCGCAUCACCAAGAUCCGCCCGCUGACGGGGCCCAAAGAGGGGGGCACGCGAGUGACGAUCGAGGGCGAGAACCUCGGGCUGCAAGUGCGGGAGAUCGCCCACGUCCAGGUGGCUGGAGUUCGCUGUAACCCUGUGACCUCCGAGUACAUCAGCGCUGAGAGGAUUGUGUGUGACAUGGCCGAAGCGCUGCUGCCCCACUCUCCAGGCGGCCCGGUGGAGCUGUGUAUCGGGGUGUGCAGUGCAGAGUACCGCACCCAAUCUUCCCAGACGUACUCCUUCGUGACCCCCAGCUUCAACCAUGUGCACCCGGAGAAGGGCCCCGUGUCCGGGGGGACCCGGCUGACGAUAUCAGGCCAUCAUCUGGACGCUGGUAGCACCGUCACUGUGUUCAUCGCCCAGGAGGAGUGUCUGUUUGUUAAGAGGACCAACAGGGACAUUGUGUGUGUGACACCAUCGUCCCUGUCUGGCUCAGGGCCUGCGUCAAUCAAAUUGUUAAUCGACAAAGCUGAGGUCACCAGCAGUGACACACGCUACAUCUACACAGAGGACCCCACCAUCUCCAGCAUCGAGCCCAGCUGGAGUAUAGUGAAUGGUAGCACCUUGAUCACCGUCACAGGUACCAACCUGCUCACCAUCCAGGAGCCCAAAGUCCGUGCCAAGUAUGCAGGAAUACAGACUACUAAUGUGUGCACUGUGGUGAAUGACUCUGUGAUGACCUGUCUGGCCCCGGGUAUCAUUUACACCAAGCACCAGGCCCCAGAGUCAGGCCUGCACCCCGACGAGUACGGCUUCAUCCUGGAUCACGUGGCUGCGCUGCUCGUUCUCAACGGGACACCUUUCACCUACUAUCCCAACCCCACCUUCGAAACACUGGGGAACUCUGGGAUAAUGGAGGUCAAGCCCGGCUCUCCCAUUAUCCUCAAAGGCAAGAAUUUGAUUCCCCCUGCUCCGGGCAACACCCGGCUGAACUACAGCGUGAUGAUUGGUGAAACGCCCUGUCUGUUAACUGUCUCGGAGUCUCAGCUGCUCUGUGAUUCGCCAGACCUGACCGGGGAGCAGAGAGUCGUGAUCAUGGUGGGCGGUUUGGAGUACUCCCCAGGAACACUGCACAUCUACUCCGACAGCACCCUUACCUUACCGGCCAUCAUCGGGAUCGGAGCGGGAGGAGGGGUGCUUCUCAUCGCCAUCAUCGCCGUGCUCAUCGCCUACAAGAGGAAGACCCGGGAUGCUGACCGCACCCUGAAACGCCUGCAGCUGCAGAUGGACAACCUAGAGUCCAGAGUGGCCCUGGAGUGUAAAGAAGCAUUCGCUGAGCUACAGACAGACAUCCAGGAGCUGACCAAUGACAUGGACGGAGUGAAGAUCCCCUUCCUGGAGUACCGUACCUACACCAUGAGAGUCAUGUUCCCUGGCAUCGAGGAGCACCCCGUCCUCAAGGAGCUGGAUGUAAGUUCCCCGGCCAAUGUGGAGAAAGCCCUGCGUCUGUUCAGCCAGCUGCUGCACAGUAAGAUGUUUCUGCUGACCUUCAUCCAUACCCUGGAGGCCCAGAGGUCCUUCUCCAUGCGGGACCGAGGAAAUGUGGCCUCUCUGCUCAUGGCCGCUCUGCAGGGCCGCAUGGAGUACGCCACUGUGGUACUCAAACAGUUGCUGGCUGACCUCAUAGAGAAGAACCUGGAGAACCGCAACCACCCUAAACUGCUGCUCCGACGGACGGAGUCGGUGGCUGAGAAGAUGCUCACCAACUGGUUUACGUUCCUGCUGCAUCGCUUCCUCAAGGAGUGUGCUGGGGAGCCUCUGUUCAUGCUGUUCUGUGCCAUCAAGCAGCAGAUGGAGAAGGGCCCUAUAGACGCCAUCACAGGAGAGGCGCGCUACUCCCUCAGUGAGGACAAGCUCAUCCGCCAGCAGAUUGACUACAAACAGCUGACACUGAUGUGUAUCCCUCCGGAGGGAGAGGCAGGCACCGAGGUCCCGGUGAAGGUGCUGAACUGUGACACGGUCACUCAGGUGAAGGACAAGCUGCUGGACGCUGUGUACAAGGGCAUCCCCUACUCCCAGAGACCCCAGGCUGAUGAUAUGGACCUGGAGUGGCGACAAGGAAGACUGACUAGAAUUAUCCUUCAAGAUGAGGACGUCACCACAAAGAUUGAGAGUGACUGGAAGAGGCUCAACACCCUGGCCCACUACCAGGUGGCAGAUGGGUCUUUGGUAGCCCUGGUCCAGAAGCAGGUCUCUGCCUACAACAUCGCCAACUCCUUUACAUUCACCCGCUCUCUGAGCCGUUAUGAGAGUCUCCUGAGGACUUCUAGCAGCCCAGACAGCCUGCGCUCCCGGGCCCCCAUGAUCACCCCUGACCAGGAGACUGGCACCAAGCUUUGGCACCUGGUCAAGAAUCACGAGCACGCUGACCAACGGGAGGGCGACCGCGGCAGCAAGAUGGUGUCUGAGAUCUAUCUCACCCGCCUACUGGCCACCAAGGGAACUCUGCAGAAGUUUGUGGAUGACCUUUUUGAGACGGUGUUCAGCACGGCGCACCGCGGCAGUGCCCUCCCUCUGGCCAUCAAGUACAUGUUUGACUUCCUGGACGAGCAGGCUGACAAGAGGCAGAUCACUGACCCUGAUGUCCGUCACACCUGGAAGAGCAACUGUCUCCCCCUGCGGUUCUGGGUGAACGUGAUCAAGAACCCCCAGUUUGUGUUUGACAUCCAUAAGAGCAGCAUCACAGACGCCUGUCUGUCUGUGGUGGCCCAGACCUUCAUGGACUCCUGCUCCACGUCAGAGCACCGCCUGGGCAAGGACUCACCCUCCAACAAGCUGCUGUAUGCUAAAGACAUCCCCAACUACAAGAGCUGGGUGGAGAGGUACUACAGAGAUAUCAGUAAGAUGCCUACCAUCAGUGACCAGGACAUGGAUGCCUAUCUGGUGGAGCAGUCUCGUCUCCAUGGCACCGAGUUCAACACUCUCAGUGCUCUCAGUGAGCUCUACUUCUACAUUAACAAGUACAAAGAGGAGAUUUUGACCGCACUAGACAGGGAUGGGUACUGCCGCAAACACAAGCUGCGACACAAACUGGAACAAGCCAUUAACCUGAUGUCGGGCAGCAGCUGAGGACAGAGGAUGGAACAAGGGGUCGGGGGUCGGGGAGAGAAGUGGGAAAUGGGGGUUUGGUUGAACUGGUGAACGGACCUGUGUUGGAGCAUCCACAGCUUGUGCAAGUAAAAAGGGGGACAUAAGACACUGGACAAUCAACACAACGAACCACAGCACAUUGAGCCCAAUGUCUACAGACCAGAUUCUGUGCCCAAUAUCCUCACUCCCUCAAACCUCUACCUGCCAUUGCCAGUGAGACAUUCGGAGUAGUUUUUUUCUCCACAUUGGCCUUUUCAAUGGCAGACUCUAGUAACUGCCUAAUCUAAUGGAAGAGGACUGCUGUGGAUAACUACCAGAUUCAUUCCAAUAGAGGCAUACAGUAAGUUGCCUUGGAAACUGUGCUGAACUGCCAAGCUAGUGCCAUGGGAAGAGUAGCUUUUGGUCUGCGAUAAUAAUUGUACAAAAUGCUGAAAAGUAACAUUUAGGUGUGGACUGUAGAUUUGAUCUUGAAAUGUAUGGGUUUUACCACAAGUAUGGUAAGGUACAAGUAGUAGACUAUAACCUCUUGGCCCCAAAGGAAAGCCUUGAGGUUCUGUUUUGUUGUGUUAGGGUUGGAGGUUCAAUGCUAGUACGUGAUGAAGGAGGCAGGCAGUGUAUGGCCAAAAGACACCAAAUUCUAGAAGCAUCAGAGGCCUGAUUAAGUGACAUAAAUUGAGGGGUGUGUUGGGGCUGAGGGGUGGCCAUCCCCCUCGUCUCUCAAAUGCCAUAGCUACAAAGCGCCUUUCUCUUUUUACUUUGUAUUCGGGCCAAAUGGAUGUUUGCUGAUGGCUCAGAGUCCAGAGUUUUAAAGCUUGCCUUUUGUGUUGCAGGAAGUGAAGCCCUUUCCUCAUGGACGUUCCACCCUAGUGACUGUCCAGCUAAUUGUACUCAGAUCAUUGUUUUAGUCUACUCCUCUGUGAAUCUGAUCUGUCAGGGUCCCAGGGGUUCCCGUCCAGAACUCAGGGCUACUGCUGUCGUGGAAACAACCCUUAUAACCCAUAUCAAACAUCCUAAAAGUAGUUGAUCCAUUAACAGCAAUAGGUCUAGUAAUAAAACAGCCAGCCAUGUUUCAUUAGAUUACACACCAAAAAGACACAGUUCCCGUUAGAGACUCUCUAUCUUACGAUAAUCGCUCUGUGAAAAUUGUCUUUCUCUUCCCGAUGUUUUGCCAUUAUUACAAAUGACAGCUUGAGCAUAAUGUGUAACGCAACACCAUAAUGUGUAACGCAACACCAUUAUGUGUAACGCAACACCAUAAUGUGUAACGCAACACCAUAAUGUGUAACGCAACACCAUAAUGUGUAACACAACACCAUUAUGUGUAACGCAACACCAAACACAACAGACGGGAUAACAGUAUAGAUUUUUAUGUUUUAAAUGCUGUCUAAAUAAAAUACUUGCUUAUGUGUUCACUUCUGGUAGGUCAUCCAUGGUAGUUUAUGGGGGGGGAAAGCCUCUAUUUGCUCCCUAUGUUAUCAUUACCAUACUAGGCACUGUUCAGAAGAAGAGAGAGGUUACUGUGUUGAAUACUGAUUUCCAACCCAGGAGACCUUCAUCCUUCAUUUUGUUUACCCUACGGUCCCAUAGAGCCAGUAGCAGUAGGCCGAUCUGUAGGUUCUGAUCAGAUGGUAAAUGCCCAUUUUCUCUGUUGACUCCUUCCACGACAGACAGUAGAAGCUCUGUAUUUUUCAGUAGUGGUACAGCAGCUGACUGUACACACACCCCUGUCCCCUCUCCAUACUCCUCUCUCUGCUGGGAGGAAAUACAGUCUGGUAGGCUUAUACCUGAAUAUUAUUUCAGUACAUUUACAUGGUUCUGAGUUCAGUCCUCUCCAACAAUUAAGUAUUUAUUGUUUUGCCUUUAUUUAUUUCAUAUUUAUUUUCAUUUUACAAAAGAAUGAAAACUCUUGUUUUGUACAGUGUUUGACUGAACGUACCUGAACACAGUUAAUGUCCUCUGUACUACAGGUAUACUGUAUAAGUCUCUAACACCGUUGCAAGAGUCUUUUCAAUGCCAAUUCACACACAGGACCGGGUUCAUUUAGGAUACAUUCGUACAUUCAGUAAAUAACAGCAUUCCUUCACAUCCAUAACUGAAAAAGAAGACUGUGAUCGCUACAUCACGUGUUCAGUGACAACCGUGAGGAAUGCAGACAGACCAAAGGAGGCACAGGGAAGAAUCAAAUGAUCACUCUCUUGUCUUUGGGUUGAAUAAUGCCAUUCGGCUUGACCCACACAUUACAAUACAUUGUUAACCAUAGAUUCUAUCAUGUUUUAAAUUUCAGGUACAAACACAUCUUUAAAAUAUUUGUUCAUUGAAUAGGAUAAAGCCUCAAAUUACAAUGUUCUCCCAUAACUAAUGGUAGACAUAUGUAUUUCUACUACUAAAACCCAGAGGUUUGUGGUAGUCCAAAUCCUGAAUAUAAAUUCAGUAUAUCUAACAGUUCUUUUUAUCCAUAAAGUCCCCAAAGAUUAAAUACAAUUUAGUAAAUGAAACCAAUACUUUGGUUUAUCAAUGUACAGGUGUUAACCCUUCUAGAGUCUAGAUGCUGGGUGUUGUUUUGCGUUGGGACCUUAAACACAGUGACGCUCUGUUUUCUAUGUAGAUUAAAUGGAUCUGAAACUAACUAAUUACUGUAGAAUAAUUAGGCUUGCUUAUCAGUCCAGGAGCGAAAGAGCCAUUAGUAUACCUUUUCAAAACCCAUUAAAUCCACACCAGAAGAAAUACUUAUUUUUCUCCAUGGAAGAUACAUAUUGUAGAUAAGCACCAAAUCAAUUUAGAAUUUGGCCUUGGAACUCUGUGCGAAAUACAUUCUCAAAUAAAACUGGAGCUCAUUAGCAUGUUAAGAGCUGCAGGAGGAUAAUUAAGGAUAAUAGGUUUCACCAUCCUGGUGUUAUUUUAGUGCAGAGAAAUGGGGUCAGUGUAUCUGGAUCUAGGUCUGGUGUGGAUCUCACCGUCCACUGUGUGUGAAAAGGACUCCGUCAGAAAUGACUGGCAGCUUGCCAGAGCUGCCCUGUCAGCAUUGCAGGUGUAUUACAGGUAUCAACGCUAUGUUUGAGCCUCUUUCUACAAUUAUAGCUUAUCAUAAAUCUGAAAGAGAACAUCUUGAAUUUUGACUUAGUACCUCUUGGUUAACGCCAUCUCAUAGGGUUUGAAACUGGUUAAAAUAGUAAGUGCAACACGGUAUCAGGUUUCUUGGGUGAAAUCUGUAAUCAUAUCCAAAGUAGGCCUACAGUUUGGCUACCUGCCAUACGUCACUUGUAAACUAGUGAAGGCCAGGUGAUUGGGCUGUGGAACUCAGAGCCACUGCAGACACGUCAGUACGUCUGGUUUUGUAAUGUUGUAUAAACAGGAAGAUAAAAAAGCACCUGUAACAUGUAAGGAAGAAAAGAGUGAGUGCACACCUGUGAUGUUUCUAAGUAGAUACUGUAGAACUAUUACAUUAUAGUCGGUGUUCUAGUAAAAAACAAAAACAUUUGUCUCAGAUAAAUUGAUUCUAAUUUAUUUGUUGGUUUUGUCUGUUUAUCCCAAAUGUUUUAAUCGAUUUAACGUAACAAACUUGUUUACAGCUUCAAAGAUAUAUGGAAUUUAUUAACUUAGUCUGAAGAGGAAGUAGCUUUGUGACUGACUGGCUGAUUGACUGACGGAUGAUUGCUCUGCCUAGUCCUUAAUUCUAUAUAAAUAUAUAAAUAUAUUUUGUAUAAUUAUUUGUUUAAAAUGUUUCUUUCUAAAUUAUUGUUUUUGGUUUUAUAUUUUAUUAUGUUACUUUGAAGGAGUAGGAAUGAGUCCUUUAAAACGCUGGCUACAAUGAAGUGUUUUGUAUAUAUUUGCACUUUUUUUUACUCGGUCGGAGAGGUUUUUGAAAGAUUGGAUUCUAACUUAAUGUUGAAAUGACAAGCAUGGUGUUUUGUUUUGCUAAUUAAAAUAUGUGGAUGAUGCUGUA